GCCUGCGUCGUGCUACACUCGGCCUUAUCGUUGACUGCACUUAAAUCCCUCUUUUGAAGCUGCAAUAUAUUCAGUAGUCUGGUGUAAGUGCUCGCAAUAGGACAUUCAAGUGUUCACAGCGCGGAAAGUUCAUGUUUAUACCCGCAUUGCGUACACACAAGGGAGAGUGCCAUUUAAAUGAAGCCAACACUAAUGUUGUGUAUUUUUUUUUGUUUCUGAUGCUACGAUGUGAGUUCAGUGGCUAGCCGUGACUGUGUCUGCGAACGCAUUGGUGUUGUGUGUGUGUGGCGACUAAAUUGAAUUGGUUGAGAUUUCAGCUGUUGUUCUGUAACAAAUUAUGCUAAAUAUAAAGCAAUGAAAUUAUAUGUUGCGGAAAUUAAUAAAGUGUCAACUACUGUUAGUAGCUGUACACUAUUCAAGUAAGUCAACGGCAUUAACCCAUUUCCGUUGAGCGGAAGUCAUAAAUUUAGCGUGAAAUGUGUCGCGCAACUACUAAAGUUAUGCUGAAAGAACAACAAACAAAUAUGCUGCCGCAAGUAUUGCAAUUGCUGUGUGUAAGUUCAUACCAGAGCCGCGAUAAUUAAAAGUGCAUACACGCAAAGAGUGUACAUGGAUAAAUGCAAGCACAAGCGCCAAUGCAUUUACAGUGUGUGCAAGUAAGUGCAUGUUUACGCUUGAGUUACCAACUAGUGUAUACUAAAUGAAUGCCUAACAACAAAUAUCGCCCUCAAAAAGAUCAUACAAAAAAAAAACGUUAAAUAAAACGCCAUUUAAGCGAGCAGCCGCAUUUUGACACAGCCGAUUGAAGUCACAGAAGUGCACGGCGUUUCCACUAAACGUGCCAAAGCUGUACGCGCCACGUGCGCAAAUCAAGUGUGGUCACAUGUAUAAAUGUUCACUUAAAUUUUAAUUGUUGUGGGUGAAAGUGUGCAGUGAAAGCUUGAAUUCGACUUAAUUGUUGCUUAAACGUACACAGACAAUCGAUUAGAUCAUAAUCAAACAGCUACCAAACUACAUACAUACAUACAUCCGUACAUAGCUGAGCAAGUGCGUGUAAACAGCCAGUGGCAGUGAAAAUUUGUUAUCGCUACAUCGAAUCGGAAAGUGUGUGCAUGUAAAGACGGAAGUGCGCGUGUGUGUGUGCAUGUGCUGAAGGUCAUUGCAGUAAGCUACAACUCGUGGCAGCGGCAGUGAAGUCACGCAGCAACAGCUGCGCAAGAACGCGUAGGCGUAAAGCCCGAACCUCAACUAUUAUCUGUCAAUCGCUGUUGCGCUUGAGUUGUGUGGCGUCCUUCAAGCGCCGUCAUUGUCGCAAACUACAAGCAAUUUCUGACAGCAGUUGAAGUCAUAAUAACCACAGCAGCAACAACAGUACAAGUGGGGGCGUUAAAGUGCUGUUUAGCGUCAGUUGAAUUUUGUCAUUUUCGUAAAUCUUCUUUGCCCAUCGAAGUCGCGCCCGGUAGCUUUCGGCUGUCGCCUUCGUUGUCCUUGCUGUCGUCGCGGGUGUCGUCAUUUUGUUAAUUGCGACAUCAUCCUUUCGCAGACAUAGCAAUAGCGGCAGCCAAGCAGCUCAAGUAAACAAACAAAGCAUAGCAAUAGCUGAAUUUUGCAUGAAAUGUUGCUGGAAUACGUAAUGAUGCUGCUUGUGUUCGGAUUAACCACAACCGUUGAGCGGAGCCACAGCAACGCAUUCGCUUUUGAAGUUAUAACUAGACAUCCAACACACCAGCAUCGCCUGUCGCCGCCAAAUGCACUCACUUCAACCGCACACCAUCUCCAACAACAUCACUUAGACUCAGUAACGCUAGCUGGCCGUCUGACAGCCUCCUCACUUGCGUCAUCCACAUCUCCCGUGCUCGCAUCAUUAUCGCAGCACGAGCUGUCCAAUGUCAUCGUGGAUAGCUUCGAAGGUGUAGGUGGUACAGGUGGUGGCGGCGGAGGUGAACCACAAUUUGAGAAUACCACCGAGCGUGAGGUGAUUGCGGCCGUCGGCACGACCGCACGCUUGCACUGUCGAGUGCGAAAUUUAGGAGAUCGGGCUGUCUCAUGGAUACGUAAGCGUGACCUGCAUAUUCUUACCAUCGGCAUUAUGACCUACACGAACGAUCAGCGAUUUCUGGCGCGUCACACCGACAACUCAGACGAAUGGGUGUUAAAGGUGGUGUCGGUGCAGCCUCGCGAUGCUGGCGUUUACGAGUGUCAGGUGUCGACAGAGCCAAAAAUCAGUCAGGCGUACAAGCUGAUGGUUGUGACAUCGAAAGCGCAAAUUCUAUCGAAUCGCGAGCUUUACAUACAAAGCGGUAGCGACAUCAAUCUGACGUGCAUCGCACCGCAAGCGCCCGGGCCGUACACGCAUAUGAUGUGGUACAAGGACAGCGAAUUAAUUAACGACUCAACGCGCGGUGGCAUUCGCGUCGUAUCGGAGCAGCAAAUGAAGACGAGCAAUUUGGUGAUAUCGCGGGUGCUCCACCGGGACUCGGGGAAUUACACAUGUGCGGCAGAUAAUUCAAAUUCUGAUAGUGUGUUAGUGCAUAUCAUCAAGAGUGAGCAGCAUGCGGCCAUGCAACAUGAGCUUGCUACGCGCAUGCAGACGCCGCGACUGAUGCUGGUAUUACUGGCAUUUUUCUAUUUAUUCGAGCGUGCAAUUAAAUGAAAGGGGUGCAGAUGCGCUAUGAAUUACUGUAAUUUAAAUUUAAGGAUUAGCAACAAAAACAAUAAGAUACUUGAAACUAUUGAAUAAGCAGCAGAAAAUAAUACUACUAAAUAAGUUUUAUAGUUGCAACAGCUUAGCUGUUCAAAGCGCAUUUGCAAUUGAGCGGUCACAAAGGAAGCAUGCAUGACGUUACUACACAUUCCGCUCGACCCGCUUGCGCCAGCACAAGUGCAGAAACCAAAGAAACCAUGACAACGAAUGUGCGU